GGUUUAGACUCAUGUGUUCUGUCUUACACAAACCUCCACCUCUCCAGCUGUUCCUCCACCUGCUCUCUGCUCUCACUGCAGAUCACAAUGUUGCAGACUUUACUCUGCUGCAUCUCAAUGGAGAGUGACAGUUGCCAUGAAGUUCAUGUGUUUUCCAAAUGUCUGUGCUGCACACACAUAAUGUGCAUGUUAACAGUCCAGUGCAUCUCCUCUGACUUCACAGUCACAACACAGACGAGUACAGUACUUGUGUGUUUCUCUGUCUGACUGUGGUCAGAGUCAGGAAGUGGGUUGAUUCAGAGCCAGUACAGACGACAGCAUCAAGAUGGAGAUCACGUCCUUCUACCCUCUGAUGUCAGCCAUACUGAGCAUCCAGCCGGACCGGACGCAGUUCUUUCGCUACGAGAAGCUCAGUGUGAGCUGCUCUGCGUCGGGGAACGUCGUGGCCUGGACAGUGAAGAGGAACGUGUCGACUGGGUCUGACCUUUCAUGCGGCGCUGACUGGGGCCGCUGGGAUGGAUCCCAGUGCCUCAUUCGCAGCCUGUACCCAGCAGACACUGGGCUUUACUGGUGUGAGUCUGAGUCUGGGGAGAGCAGCGACGUCCUCAGCAUCACGGUGAAUGCCGAUGACGUGAUCCUGGAGGUUCCGUCGCUUCCUGUGAAGGAGGGAGACACAGUGACUCUUCGCUGUUCACACAAGCAAAGACAUGCAGCGUUUUCCACCUCAGACUUCAAAGCCACCUUCUAUAAAGACGGUGUUUUCAUUGGGACGGAGCCUGAAGGAACCGUCCUGCUUCCGUUCGUGUCCACAUCGGACCAAGGUUUCUACAGGUGUGAGCAUCCGUCAAAGGGGAAGUCGCCUCAGAGUCACCUCAGAGUCACAGGAGACGUCCAAGUCACACAUCGUUUCCAGACCAUUCGCUCGUCGUUCCUGUUUCCGUCUACGAUCGCGUGCGUCGUCCUGCUGCUCGUCCUCUACACACUCGUUAUAAUAGUGUGUGUCUACGGGUUCGUGAGGUGGACGCGAGCUCGAAGGGAAAACAGACGAGCUUCAGUCGGUCGUCUCAUAUAAGAACGAAGAGGAGAACGAUGAUGAAGAAAAAGCAAAAUGCUGUUUUUUUUGUUCUUCAGUGUUUUUAUUGUUUAUGAUAAUAAUAACUGUCGCACUGGAUAUUUACUAUUUCUGUAUUAAAUCAGUAAACAACACACACACACACACACACACACACACACACACACACACACACACACACACACACACACACACACACACACAGAUUUAGGUCCAUGUGUGAGGAGUCUGUACAGCUGCUCAGCUUUACUGUAAGUCGAUUUAAUGAGAAUGAGAGAAGAGAGUUAUUACAAUCAGUAAAAUCUGUUAUCAACAAUUCUAAUGAGAACCUUGAGGUUACAGUUCAGGCUGAAGGUUCUGGUCUGAUUCUUUUUCCUGCUGCUGUGUUUCUGCUUUGAUCUUGUUCAGCUUGUCUGACCAGAAGAGCCGCUCGUCCAAAAAAAGAUCCUUGUGCGACAAAAAGUAAAAAUGCUUCAUGACAAGAAAUGAAAAUAAAACAUGUUUUAUGUUUUUAA